AUGGCGGCGAUAGUCAGCGCCCUGGUGGUCAUCGCGGCGGUGAUCCUGGGCUGGAUCACCAUCGAGAUCGCCUGCAAACCUUGUCUCGACAGCGGCCGCGCCGCCAUCGACCACGCCCUCGACCCCAGCUACGACCCCGACGACGACGCCGAGCGGGCCCUCCUCAAUGGCCCACACACACCACCGCCGCCGUGCGCCGCCACCUCUGCCUAG